AUGGCUUCUCUACUGACAAGUCGGCAGGCCGAAGAGCUGCAUAGGUCCAUCAUAGCCUACCUGUCGGCCAACAACCUGUCGAGCGCCGCCGCUGCCCUCAGGGCCGAGUUGGGUAUCGGGGACGACGCAUUCGACGCGAACACGGCCAAGCGGUACGAGUCUCUGCUGGAGAAGAAAUGGACGAGCGUCGUCCGCCUGCAGAAAAAGGUCAUGGACUUGGAGUCCAAAAGUGCCGCCUUGCAGUCCGAGCUCGAGAACUUGACGCCGGCUUCCCUCACCAGGCGCGGCCAAGACCCGGCUUCCUGGCUCCCUCGAUCGACCCGGUACGCCUUGGAAUCACACCGCGAUACUAUUAACUGCAUCGCCUUCCACCCCAUCUUCACCUCCAUCGCUUCCGGCUCCGACGACUACACCAUCAAGAUCUGGGACUGGGAACUGGGCGAGCUGGAAAAGACGAUCAAGGGCCACACCAGGGCCGUGCUGGAUAUCGACUUUGGCGGCCCGAGGGGCGGCAUCCUGUUGGCCUCCUGCAGCUCCGACCUAACCAUCAAGCUAUGGGACCCGGCGAACGAGUACAACAACAUCAGGACGCUGCCCGGCCACGAUCAUAGCGUCAGCGCCGUCCGCUUCGUGCCUGCCGGAGACACCCCGGGCAAUUUACUCGUGAGCGCGAGUAGAGACAGAAACCUGAAGAUAUGGGAUGUGAACACGGGUUAUUGCUUGAGGACGCUGCAGGGCCACGCUGCUUGGGUGCGGGACGUCUACCCUUCGCACGACGGGCGCUUCCUCCUGUCGGCCGGAGACGACAUGACCGCCCGGCUGUGGGAUAUUUCCAGCUCCACGUCGGAACCGGAGUGUAAGUUGACGAUGGUAGGCCACGAGCACUUCAACGAGUGCUGCGUGAUCGCCCCCGCCGCCGCUUACCCGUAUCUCGCGACCCUGGCCGGGCUGAAGAAGCCUCCGCCCGCGAGCAGCCCUGCCGAGUUCAUGGCCACCGGCUCACGGGACAAGACUAUCCGAAUCUGGAACUCCCACGGGACCUGCAUCAAGUCGCUGACUGGCCACGACAACUGGGUGCGAGCGCUCGUCUUCCAUCCCGGCGGAAAAUACCUCCUCUCGGUGUCGGACGACAAGACGCUCCGAUGUUGGGAUCUUACCCAGGACGGCAAGUGCGUCAAGGUUCUCGCAGACGUCCACGAACGCUUUGUUACCUCCCUCAAGUGGGCGCCAGGCAUUGUUAAGGCGUAUGAGACCCAGAACGGCGACAGCAACGGAGGUGCGAAGGCCCAAGAGCCUGGCGCGGUGCCAUCCGAUAUUCAAAUUCGUUGUGUCGUCGCUACGGGAAGCGUCGACGGCAAAUUGCGAAUUUUUGCCAGUUGA